AAGGUGGUCGAGUGGCUCAUGAGCAUCAAAGAAGAUUCUUUAUCCUCCAUCUGAAUUUUUGUUUAGAAAAGAAGCACAAGGUAGUUCCCUUCCAGACCAAUCAUCCAUGCUCAGAGCUUUUGGGUGUGCUGGAAGCAGAUUGCACGUGUUCCCCCUGCUCCAUGCUCCUGGCUUGACCCAGAGGGCAAGAAGAAAUAAUGGUGACGACACCCAAUAGGACUGGGGUGCUCAUGCCCUUCCAUUGCUAAACCCCAGUUACUGCCCCUUUCUCUUCCCUCUGCCCCUUAGUUUCCUUUUGCUGUGGUCCUGAGAUUUGGGCUUGUUUUUUGUUGGUUUUUUUUCCAUCCUGAUGAGGGCACCACUGCAGACCAUGAUGUGCCUGGGGUUGUGGGCAGCUGCCCUGCUCUGCUUGUUUUCCCCUGGCACCGUGCGAGGUGACUGCUGGCUGAUCGAGGGGGACAAAGGUUAUGUGUGGCUGGCCAUCUGCAGCCAGAACCAGCCCCCGUACGAGACCAUCCCCCAGCAUAUCAACAGCACGGUGCACGACUUGCGUCUGAACGAGAAUAAGCUCAAAGUGGUGCUGUACUCCUCCCUCAACCGCUUCGGCAACCUGACUGAUUUGAACCUGACUAAGAAUGAGAUCUCCUAUAUCGAGGAUGGGGCUUUCAUGGGCCAGUCAAACCUCCAGGUCUUACAGCUGGGCUACAACAAACUCACCAACCUGACAGAGGGCAUGUUGCGGGGCAUGGCCCGUCUCCAGUUCCUCUUUGUGCAGCACAACCUAAUUGAGCUGGUCACCCCUACUGCCUUCUCUGAGUGCCCCAGCUUGAUUAGCAUUGACCUGUCAUCUAACCGUCUCAGCCGCCUGGAGGGGAACACUUUCACCAGCUUGAGCAAUCUGAUGGUGUGCGAGCUGGCUGGCAACCCCUUCAACUGCGACUGUAGCCUCUACAGCUUUCUUAACUGGCUGGCGCUCUUCAACAAUGUCACCAAGAACUAUGACCGGCUCCAGUGUGAGACUCCACGGGAGUUCGCUGGGUACCCGCUCCUGGUACCUCGGCCUCACCACAACCGCAAUGCCAUCACCAUCUUCCAGUCCAUGUGCAGAGGUGGCACCAUCCCUUCCCUCUCCAGGGUCAACCCUACCCCUUACACCCCUGACUCCCAGCGAGACCUGGACGAGGGCUCAGCCAUCAGCCCUGGGGACUUCCUCUCAGUCAAGCCUCCAGCCUCCUCCACCACUGACUCCUCCUUCAGUCCCAGCAUCAAGCUCCACGAUGUCACCAUUACCUCAGCCAUCCUGAUGGUAACCAUCCCCAUGCCCUACAGUAAGAUGUAUGUGCUGGUCCAAUACAACAACAGCUACGUUUCUGACAUAGCAACACUGAAGAGCAAGAAGGAAUAUGUCACUGUCAACAAGUUGAAGGCCCACACUGAUUAUACUUUCUGUGUGGCCUCCAUCCGCAACAACAGGCGCUACAACCACACUUGCCUGACCUUUGCAACCCGGAGCAAAGGCAGGGAGGACCCUAUUUCCAGUACUUCCACCACCACACACUAUAUCAUGACCACCCUGGGUUGCCUCUUUGGGAUGGUCAUUGUCCUGGGAGUGGUGUACUACUGCCUGCGGAAGCGGAGGAUGCAGGAGGAGAAACAGAAGUCCCUCAAUGUCAAAAAGACCAUUCUGGAAAUGCGUUACGGAUCAGAUAUUGAUACCAGUACCAUGGUCCAUCCUUCCCAGAAGCUGGGUGAGCCACCAGUCAUCCCUGUCUCACGGAUGUCCUCCAUCCCUUCCAUGAUUGGGGAGAAGUUGCCCCCAUCAAAGUCAAUGGAGGCUGGGAUGGAGACUCCUAAAGUCACCACCAAAGGUAACUACAUUGAGGUGCGGACUGGUGGUGGGGAUGGGCUGGAGCGAACCCAGCGGGAUGAGGACCUGAGGGAACUUGACAAUGGGCAAGGCUCAGCUGCUGAGAUCUCUACUAUAGCCAAGGAGGUAGACAAGGUCAACCAGAUCAUCAACAACUGCAUUGAUGCCCUCAAGCUCGACACAGCCUCAUUCCUGGGUGGUGGGACUGGUGUUGACUCAGACAUGGCCUUUGAGUGCCAGUCCAUCCCAGCCAGUUCCUCGGGUGGGCUAGAGCGGCCCAGCUUUCUUUCCCCACCCUACAAGGAAAGCUCCCACCACCCUUUGCAGCGCCAGCUCAGUGCUGAUGCUGCCGUGGCCAGGAAGACCUGCAGUGUCUCCUCUAGUGGCUCCAUCAAGAGCGCCAAGGUCUUCAGCUUGGAUGUGCCUGACCACCCACCACUCAGCAAGUCUGACUCCAAAUACAUUGAGAAGGGCAGCCCACUCAACAGCCCUUUGGAUCGUCUUCCCUUGGUGUCCCCGGGCGCCAUCCACCACUUGGAGGUCAAGCCUUCUUACCAUUGCAGUGAGCACCGUCACUCCUUCCCGGCCCUGUACUAUGAGGAAAGUGCUGACACCUUGAGCCAGCGGGUGUCAUUCCUCAAGCCACUCUCCCGGUCCAAGCGAGACUCCACGUACUCCCAGCUCUCCCCCAGACACUACUUCUCGGGCUACUCCUCCAGCCCUGAGUACUCAUCAGAGAGCACCCAUAAGAUCUGGGAGCGAUUCCGGCCUUACAAGAAGCACCACAGGGAGGAGGUUUACAUGGCGGCUGGGCAUGCCCUGCGGAAGAAAGUUCAGUUUGCCAAGGACGAGGAUCUGCAUGACAUCCUGGAUUACUGGAAAGGAGUCUCUGCUCAGCAGAAGCUGUGACUCUCCCUCGCUCUUUCCAAGGAAACAAUACAAAACAAGACCCCCCCCCCCCAACAACCAGAAAAAAAAUAUGCCACUUGACUGUGAAAAAUAAACCAACAACAAAAUACUCCCGACAAAUACAAAACUGACAAAAUCGUUUCUUAAAGUUUACAACAACAACAGAAAGCUCUCACACACACAGACACAGACACACAGACACACACACAUGCCGAAUUGUCUCUACUGUGUUACGGGGACCAUUGUUCUGCCUGCAGAUGGUUGGGAGGAGCAUCCUGCUCUGACACUGUGGUAACAACACUGGAGUGGGGGUGGGUGGGUGGGAAUGACCCGGGAGAGGGUGGCAGUGGCGGCAGGGGAAGGGCAGGGAUGGACACUCACUGGGCAUGAAACUCAGCUGUGAACUAUUGCUCUUUCUGUCCCUGUCGAGGGCUGAUUUUUCUUUUGGGUGGGAGGGGAGGGCUUUGGUUUAGAAAGCUUCUCUGCCCACCUGAUACACCUGCUUUUCCAAAUCUUCCAUCACUAAUUUUUCCCUCAUUUCCUUUGGCAGUGGAGGCUUUUCUCUCUCCCAUCCCCUUCCAAUAUAGGUGGGAUCUGUUGGAAGAAGUUCUCUGGCUUCUUUUCCUUUGCCUUUCCCUGCUCUUCUCUGUUAAGGCUCCCUAGGCUUUCACUUUCUGUCUAGAUACUUCACAAACCUCCACCCUCCUCAGAGGAAGGAGGAGAGGUGUGAAGGACCAGGGGAGGUAGGACCUGCCAUACAACAGGCUCUGUGCCCUUGCUGCUCUUCCUCCUUUCCUUCUCCCGCCAUGUUGUUGCUGAUGAACACCAGCAAUUCUGGAGCGAUGGCCAUUCUUCAGGUCUGCUCAGAGCCAGUUUUCUGCCAGUUGGUGCGGGGGGGGUAUGAAUGUGCUCUUUGGCAUGGCAAGCCAGGUCCUCAAGGAGUGGUGGAGGAAAAGGCAGGAAGGUCUGGUCUCUCAGAGGUGUCAAGGGUUCCCAUCUCUCCACAAGUGUCACGGGUCAGAGGACCUCCCCACCAUACACACCUAUGCUCAGGCUGCCCUUGUGCAGUAGGUUUGAUACUCUCUGUUUAUGUCUCCCUUACUCUGAGGAAGGGACCUGGAGGGGAGCUCAGCAAAACAAGUUCUACAUGAAGCUUCUGCAGCUCUUCCCAACUGACUUGCACCAUGGGGCGUGGGAUGGGUGGGUGUGCGUGAGAAGAGCAUCACCCAACUUCAUCACUUGCAGGUGGAUGCGAAGAAUAGGAUUUUAGUUGCUCACCUCACUGGGUUGACAGAAAAGCCAUGAAGUGGCUUCCUCUUGAAUAGGCCAUGGACAUUCUGUCAUGGAUAGGAGACAGCCUAGGGUGAAGGCAGAAG